UCUAUCGAACAGGUCGAUAAGCCAGGGCUGAAAAAUCUGUAAACAGUGGACGCCUACAAUUGUUUUUAUUUAAUUAAAAAUUAAAUAAGCGUUGGAAACGUUAAUUUAAAUCUUUUAUAAUAUCCAAUUUAACAUGCCGGCCUACCACUCGCAGAUCAAGGAAGUGCGCCAGCAGGUGGGCAACAUGGCCAUCCUGCCGCUGAGGACCCAGGUGCGCGGACCAGCGCCCAGUGCGAAUAUUGAGAGCGACAUCAUCGAUGAGUCACUUUACUUCUUCAAAGCCAAUGUGUUCUUUCGCACGUACGAAAUCAAGUCCGACGUGGAUCGCGUGCUCAUCUAUGUGACGCUCUACAUAACAGAGUGCCUCAAGAAGCUUAAUCGUUCCACGAGCAAGGCCCAAGGACAGCAGGACAUGUACAGCCUGGCCAUCUCCAAGUUCGACAUUCCCGGCGAUGCAGGCUUUCCAUUGAACGCCGUUUAUGCGAAGCCGCAAACGGCCCAGGAUGCCGAUCUAAUGCGCCAGUACCUUCUGCAGCUGCGCCACGAAACCGGCAACCGGGUACUGGAGAAGGUCUUCAACACCGAGGAUGGCAAGCCCAACAAGUGGUGGACCUGCUUCGCCAAAAAGAAGUUCAUGGAGAAGAGUCUGGCUGGACCCGGACAAUAAUCAGCUCGCCACAAUAUCUAGAUCUUGUUUUGCUUCCACGACCGGUGAACAUACUUUAAAAUAGGAUUCACAGCAGCAGCGUGGUCCAAUUUUUAGUGUCACUGCCAGAAUAUAACUAUUAAUUAAUUUCUUUAACCACUAUAAAAUAAAUUAUUUACAUUUGUA